CCAAUCCAAACACUUCACUCGUGCAGAGAGAGAAAUCGUCGUCGCGUAGAGAGAGAAUCUUCGAAUUCUGAAUUGAAUUUCUGUGUAAUUCGCAGAUCUGCGCUAACUACAGAAUGUCGGGGAAAGGAGCCAAGGGUUUAUUGACGGGAAAAACUCCGGCUUCCAAGGACAAAGACAAGGACAAGAAGAAACCUAUCUCUCGCUCUUCUCGCGCCGGACUUCAGUUUCCUGUUGGUCGUAUCCAUAGGCUCCUGAAGGAGCGAGCGACUGCUCAUGGAAGAGUCGGUGCCACUGCUGCUGUCUACUCUGCUGCCAUAUUGGAGUACCUAACUGCUGAAGUCUUGGAGUUGGCUGGGAAUGCUAGCAAGGAUUUGAAAGUGAAGCGUAUCACACCCCGGCAUCUGCAGCUGGCCAUUCGUGGUGAUGAGGAGCUCGAUACCCUCAUCAAAGGAACCAUUGCUGGUGGUGGCGUGAUCCCCCACAUACACAAGUCGCUCAUCAACAAAUCUUCCAAGGAAUGAGACAGCAAUUAGCAGACAUCGAGGGGGGUUUUAAGGUUCUAGGAUUAGGCUGUCUACCUGUUUAGAAGUUCUAUUUUGUGGCAUGUUGUGAAGUGAAAACAGUUUAUUGGAUCCUGUUCAAGAAUUCAAGAGACGUUCGGGCGCA